AUGGAGCGAAAGACGGAUACCAAGACUUACAAGCUGAAUCAUGCGAUGAUUCGUGUGAAGGAUCCCAGAAGUGCGAUCCAGUUUUACGAGCUUCUUGGCCUUAGCGUUGUCCAGAAGCUUACAUUUCCUGAGAAUAAGUUCGAUCUUUACUUCCUUGGUGUCGAUAGCCCAGGUUCGCCGUCUCAUGGGAAGUUCACCUUCGAUCGUCAAGGCUUAAUCGAGCUCACUCACAACUACGGCACUGAGAGUGAUGACAAUUAUCGAGUGAGCAAUGGCAAUGAAAAACCUUAUCUCGGCUUCUCCCAUAUCUCGAUGUCGGUGGCGAAUGUGCAGUCUACCUACCAGACGCUGGCCAAAGCUGGUUACAAGUUCCAGCAGGAUGUCUCCUCCGGGAACGAGCCGGUAAUUGCUCUGGAUCCAGACGGUUACUGGAUACACAUCACUGAGAAGGGGUCACCAAACAAGAGCACGGCUUCCAACCCUCCUGGCUCGUUCAGUGUUAAUCAAUACGCCCUGCGAGUCACCGACGCCACUCGAUCCGUUCGCUACUACGCAGAGAAUCUCGGAAUGAAGCUGAUCAAAACUCUCGACAACCAGAACGGAAACUCAAAGACAUUUCUUUUAGGGUAUCCUUCAACCAGCCCGGUCACCGGAACAGAAGAUUUGUCACGCCGUGAAGGAUUACUCGCUCUCAUCUGGCAAGGCAGAGAGAACGCGAUAGCAAAAGUACAUAAUGGAAACGAUCAACCUCAAGGAUUUGGUCAUAUCUGUGUUACUGUCGAUAAUAUUGAUGCAGCGUGUGCACGGUUGGAAGGACUGAACGUUGCGUGGAAGAAGAGACUCACAGAUGGAAAGAUGAAGAAUGUUGCAUUUCUUCUUGACCCUGAUAAUUAUUGGAUUGAAUUGGUGCAGAACGAAGGCUUUACUGGCAAAGCAAAUUUCUAG